GAACGCGCACGGCUGCCCCUGACGUCAAGAAACAGUUCUGUUGCUGGGCAGCUGCAUUGGCAUUGUCACGUGACCGCGCAACUACUUUGAGUCUGUCAAGGGCGCGCUGCGCGUGCGUGUUGAGUGUGUAGUACUAGCGGGAGCUGCAGCUUUAGGUUCCCUUGCUCCCCGUGUGAUUUGAACACCUAGUGUCAGCACCCUGCUGCUUAGACAUGGGUUGUGCCUUCUCUAAGAAAGCCAAGAGGAAGGGAAGCGCCAAGGACUCGGGACCCACAGAGCAACCGCAACCUGAGGAGGGGCAGGAGAGCAAGCAGUACAGCUGGGACAAGAGGGAGAAGGUAGAUCCAAAGGACUACAUGUUUAAUGGCUUAAAGGACCAGACAGUAGGACGGUUGCCAGAUAAAGUCGCAGGCCAACAAUUUGUAAUACAGGAAUGUGAGAACUGCAACAUCUAUAUACUGGACCAUUCUGCAACCAUCACUAUUGAUGACUGUACAAACUGCCGCAUCUUCUUAGGGCCUGUAAAGGGCAGCGUGUUCUUUCGUGACUGUAAAGAUUGCAAAUGCAUUGUGGCCUGUCAGCAGUUCCGCACUAGAGACUGCAGGAAAAUGGAUAUAUUUUUAUGCUGCACCACACAGCCAAUCAUAGAGUCCUCCACUGGAAUGAAGUUUGGAUGUUUCCAGUUCUACUACCCAGAACUGGCAGCACAGUUCAAGGAUGCGGGGCUGAGCAUCUUCAACAACACUUGGAGCAACAUCCACGACUUCACCCCCGUGUCGGGAGAGACAAACUGGAGUCUUCUUGCAAGUGACUGUGCGGUGCAAGAUUGUGUGCCCCUCCCGGACUCCGAGGAACUGAAAGCAGUGCGCAUUUCUACAGAUGGUAACCGGAGCAUAGUGCCAGUCACUUGGGGACAGCGUCUGAAAAAAAGUGACGAGUCCUGCUUGGUGGUUUUCUUUGCUGGAGAUUACACCAUAGCCAAUGCCAGAAAGAUGAUUGAUGAGAUGGUUGGCAAAAGUUUCAUACUUAUCCAGACAAAGGAAGUUGCAAUGAAACCAGAAGAUGCAAGAAGAGUCUUUAGAGACCAAGCCACAGAAUUCAUUCCAUUAUUGGAGAAUGGUCCUGUUGUUGCAAUGGAGUUUAAUGGGGAUGAAGCUGUACAGACAUGCCAGUCAGUAGUUGGCAACAUCUUCAGUGGCACCAUGGUGUUUGUUUCAGAAAGCAAGUCAUCGGCCUCUCAAGAUGUGGAUAAUUUUUACAAUUUUGCCGACAUGCAGAUGGGCAUGUAGAGUUCCGAUUUAUAUGUUCGUGGCAGUGCUUGUUGCUGUUUAUAUGCAUAGGAGAUAUGCAGAGAGACCUUUAUAUUUUUAAUGACCAUUGCCUCUGUUAACUUAAAGCAGGCAUCUGUUUAGAGAUUUUGUUCCCGUGGUGUUUGUAUACACGGCAUUUUUUUAAGAUAUUGGUUUUCAUGUAAAAUAAUCUGUAUGUAAUGAUUU